UUAUUUUUAAACCAAUUCGAUUAACAUCAACGUUCUCUGUGUUCAAUUCCUUCCAUUUCGAUUCCAAUUUCUUCCCCAAUUUGGCCUAUACCCUUUUUUACCUUUUACUGCUAUUGAACGAUCUCUAAUGGCGAUUGCAUUAUUCAAUUCUUCCAUUUGUACAAAUAUACCCGUGUGCUCUUCCAUUAAAGCUACAAUCUUGAACUGAUUUAUUUCUUGUGUGAAGUAUUUUGCCUUUUUUGGCCCAAUUUUUUCAAUCGGAGAGUGAAGAUGAAGAUGGUAAAGUGCCAGGUGUGGCAACCUUGCAAGAAGAAGAGGUUAUUGUAGCUGUGAUUCAAGAAUCCCUUGAAGGGAUCUUGUAGGUGAAGGCCACAAAGGGGGAAUUUUGGGAUUGAUUCAUUACAUAUCGAUAAAGAUACGGAUAAAGGGGAGAUGGUGUUGAGAUCAUCGAGACCAAGCAGCAGCGGCGGCGGCGGCGGCGGCGGCAGUAGCCGGACGCGCGUGGGGAGGUAUGAAUUGGGGAGGACGUUGGGAGAGGGGAGUUUUGCCAAAGUGAAGUUUGCUAAGAAUAUGGAAACAAGUGAGAGUGUGGCAAUCAAGAUUCUUGAUAAGGAGAAGGUUCUCAAACACAAGAUGAUUGAUCAGAUCAAGCGAGAAAUUGCAACGAUGAAAUUGAUAAGGCAUCCUAAUGUUAUCCGGAUGUAUGAGGUUAUGGCCAGCAAGACGAAGAUAUUCAUAGUCAUGGAAUUCAUCACUGGUGGCGAACUCUUUGACAAGAUUGCUAGUCGAGGCAGGCUGAAAGAAGACGAAGCAAGGAAAUAUUUUCAGCAGCUCGUCAACGCGGUCGAUUAUUGCCACAGCAGGGGUGUUUACCACAGGGAUCUUAAGCCGGAGAAUUUGCUGCUUGAUGCCAAUGGUGCUCUCAAAGUCUCGGAUAUUGGUUUAAGCGCCCUACCCCAACAAGUUCGGCAAGAUGGAUUGCUUCACACAACAUGCGGGACACCAAAUUAUGUUGCUCCAGAGGUGAUCGACAAUAAGGGCUAUGAUGGAGCCAAGGCUGACCUAUGGUCUUGUGGCGUUAUACUUUUUGUACUCAUGGAUGGAUAUCUGCCCUUUGAUGACUCGAAUCUUAUGUCACUCUACAAAAAGAUAGUCAAGGCGGACUUCACGUGCCCUUCAUGGUUUUCCUCGAGUGCAAAGAAACUAAUCAAAAGAAUUCUGGAUCCCAAGCCGUCCACCCGUAUUACGAUCAAUGAACUCCUCAAGAAUGAGUGGUUCAAGAAAGGAUUCAAGGCACCUGUUUAUGAAGAAGAGGAAGGUAUCCUCGACGACGAUAUCAAUUCUAUCUUUAAUGAAUCAGCGGACUCUCCAAACCUCGUUGUGGAGAGGCGCGACGAAGGGCCCCCAGCCGCACCAGUGGCUAUGAAUGCCUUUGAGCUCAUCUCCACCGCACAGGGUCUCAAUCUCAACUCCCUCUUCGAAAAGCAAAUGGGUCUUGUGAAGCGAGAAACACGAUUUGCAUCUAAACGCCCAGCCAAUGAGAUCAUAUCGGAAAUUGAGAAAACUGCCGGGCCUAUGGGGUUUGAUGUGAAGAAAAAUAACUACAAGAUGAAACUUUAUGGGGAGAAAUCUGGGCGGAAGGGCCACCUAUCCAUUGCGACAGAGAUUUUUGAAGUGGCUCCAUCACUUCACAUGGUUGAGCUUCGCAAGUCCGGGGGAGAUACGUUAGAAUUCCACAAGUUUUACAAGAACCUUUCGACUGGGUUGAAAGAUAUCGUAUGGAACACAGGCGAUGAAGUAAAAGAAGAAAGGAGUAAUGGCACAGACGUCUCAACAACGUAAUAUCGAACGUCGUGGACCUAGUCUACUUGUAUUCUUUGCUUUGUUUGAUACUACUAUAUAAACAUUAUGGAAUUGCAAAAUUGUGGUGGUUCUGAACAUUUGAUUUGCUUGUGUAACAAAUUAGCAUAAUGUAUAUAAAUAAUUGCUACUAUGAUUUGCAGAUAGAACGUGUUUUCGAUUAA